AUGAGGAUGAAGGUUGCAAUAAAAUCAAUCUGGAAAGAUCGAAUUAAGAAUGUGCAGGACAUGAUACACAUCAGAGAAGAUAUUGAGAUCAUGUCAUCUCUAAAUCACCCCCAUAUCAUCAGCAUUUAUGAAGUUUUCGAGAACAAGGAUAAAAUUGUGAUAGUCAUGGAGUGUGCAAGCAAAGGCGAGUUAUACAAUUACAUCAGUGAGAGACACAAGUUAAGUGAAAGGGAGACCAGAAUGUUCUUCAGGCAGAUUGUAGCUGCAGUUCACUGCUGUCACAAGUCACCACUUACCCUUCUGAAUUUCAAAGAACAGAACCUUCUUUUGUGUAAUAUCUCCAUUGGGGAAUUCAGCAAUAGUAAUCUUGUGUAUCUGUGGAAGCUGUCACAAUCUGUUAUAUGUAGCUGCAUGGUGUAUGUAAUUAUGUGUUUCUCUCCCUACCUAUCAAAGGUAGACAGCUGGGCCCUUGGUGUGCUGCUCUACACUCUGGUUUAUGGGACUAUGCCAUUUGAUGGUUGCAACCACAGAAACCUCGUCAGGCAGAUUAGCAGUAGGGAUUACCAUGAACCCACUCCACCAUCAGAUGCCCAUGGCCUCAUCAGGUGGAUGCUGAUGGUGAAUCCAGAACGCCGAGCCACAAUCGAGGACAUUGCUAAUCACUGGUGGGUGAACUGGGGUUAUCAAGUGAGUGUGUGUGACUGUGAUCCAGCUGCAAGCUCGGACUCUCCACUCCUCGCUCAGUUUAUCAAUCGGCAACAUCACUCACGCUGUGUACAGUCAGAGGGAGAGUCAAAGGUAAAAUGCCCAAUCAAGCAUUAUAAAUACAAAGGGAUGCUAGCAGUCCAGACAUCUGUGAAGAAAUCCAAGAAAGGGAAUGACAUUGCAUCCAGUCUGCAUGAAGGAGUGUCCACUAACACUCCAGCCAAGUGCAUUUUCAAAAGGCCCAAAGGAAUUUUAAAGAAGAUUAACAAUGACUAUCGCUCUCACAGUUCAGCGGCUGUGAUAGGAGUGUUGGGGCAUGAACUUGACAGGGAUGGUCCAUCUGCUGGAGCCAGUGGGAGGAUUGAACCAACUCCUCUGUCCACACAAGCUGCAGACCACUCCAUUGUGACGCUGAAGAAGAGAAUCCUGAAGAAAACACAGCAGAGAGAGUCCGGCUACUACUCCUCACCAGAACACAGUGAAUCCUCGGAGUUCCUGCACCCAGUUGGUGAUGCUAGUACCAACUCCAACUCCUCAACUAAACAUGGUGCAGAAUUGAAGGGCCCUGGCAUAAUUACAUAUCGAAAGAAAGGAAUUCUGAAGCACGCUGGCAGAUUUUCAGCUUGUGAUGUUAACACUCAAUCAGCCACUUUAUCACCAGGGCUUACAGAAUCAGCAGAGCAGAUGAUGGGGGCUGAAGGUUGCGACCACACACCCACCACAAAAAAUGAGUGCAGCCUCCUUUCUAAAGAAUUGUUUCACCUGCAUUAUUUACCAGAGGACAGGCCGAUUCGCAGCUGCAUAUCUGCAGAAAACCUGCUGCAUCUCGAGGACUUUGAGGAUCUCAGGAAUCACCCACAGAUUUGCCACAUGAAGUGUUUCCACCAACAGCUGGUGGACAGCAGCUCUUCACUGCUCACAGACUUGGAUAAUUUCACUCAGGUCUACAAGAAAGCUCUAGAGAUAAGCAGCAAGUUGGACUGA